AGCAUCUAAUACGUUUAUUGAUCAUUGUUCUGUGAACAGAAUCAGUUUACUCUCUUAGAAUUAUAAAUCGAACAGAAUAUAUCGGGUUUUAACAGCGUAACAGUUUCUAUAAUAAAAAUAAAAGUCAUGAUGUCCACAAAUAUUGCGUUAAACGAAGUUGUGGUAGUGUCUGCAGUGAGAACACCUAUAGGAUCGUUUAGAGGAAGUCUGGCCAGUUUAUCAGCUACAGAAUUAGGUGGUGUUGCUGUGAAGGCAGCUGUAGAACGAGCAGGUAUAGCGAAAGAAGAAGUCAAAGAGGUUUACAUGGGAAAUGUUUGUUCUGCUUAUCUUGGACAGUCACCAGCAAGACAAGCCGCUAUAUUUGGUGGCCUACCAACAAGCACAAUUUGUACGACUGUUAAUAAAGUUUGCUCAUCAGGCUUAAAAUCUGUAUUGAUUGCUACCCAAUGUUUGCAAACUGGAACUCAAGACGUCGUGAUAGCUGGUGGUAUGGAAUCCAUGUCGAACAUUCCUUUCUAUUUAAAAAGAGGAGAAAUAGCUUACGGUGGAACGCAAUUAGUUGACGGAAUAUUAUACGACGGUCUGACUGAUGUGUACAAUCAAAUACAUAUGGGCAAUUGCGGUGAACAUAUCGCUAAAAAGUUCAAUAUAUCAAAAGAAGAACAAGACGAACACGCAAUAAACAGCUACCGAAAAACAGAAGCCGCAUAUAAAGAUAAGGUUUUUGAUGCUGAACUAGUGCCUGUACGUGUACCACAAAAACGAGGGAAGGAUAUAGUAUUUGCUGAAGAUGAAGAACAUAAAAGAAUAAAUUACGAAACGUUCAAAAAUCUACAGCCAGCCUUCGAAAAAGAGAAUGGGACAAUAACAGCUGGUAAUGCAGCAGCGUUAAACGAUGGCGCAGCUGCUAUUGUUAUGAUGACUGGUGAUGCUGCAAGAAAAUUACAAUUGAAACCGCUUGCUCGUAUCCUUGGAUAUGCUGACGGAGAAUGUGACCCUAUUGAAUUUCCAAUAGCCCCAUCGAUUGCUAUAUCGAAGCUUUUAGAAAAAACUGGACUUAAAGCGAGCGAAAUAGACCUCUGGGAAAUCAAUGAACCUUUUAGCGUAGUUGCUAUUGCUAAUCAAAGACUCUUAAGUAUAGAUUCAAAUAAAAUUAAUGUUCACGGAAGUGCCGUUAGCUUAGGUCAUCCGAUUGGGAUGUCUGGAUCGAGGUUGGUUGCACAUCUGUGUCAUGUUAUGAAGGAAGGUCAAAAAGGUGUAGCUACUACUUGUAAUGGUGGUGGUGGCGCCUCUGCUAUUAUGAUUGAAAAGUUGUGAAUGCAGAGAAGAUCAUUUUUUAAUGAUGAAGU